AUGCCGCUGUCCUUACACCUUCAAUCUGCGUCCAGCACCAACACCUCCCAGUCGAUCGACUACCCUCGCCUGCAAUCCAGGACACCAAUACCCACCACUUCAAGCUCAUCCGAAACAACAUGAAUUUCUCCCUGCAACUCAUCUGCCUCGUGGCCACCCUGUUCGCGGGCCAAACGUUCGGUGCAGUGCCACUCCAGCCGCGUGCGAACGAAUGCGGCGGCGGUCAGUUCAUCUCUCGAGAUCACCCGGACGGUUUCGCACGAUUGCUAACAUCGCGAUGAAAAGAUCCGUGCGGAGACG